GCUGCACUAAGGCGAUCGUGGUCCUCUGUCGCAGUAUGUUGUUCUCCGCACACGCACAGACACGGAACAUAAAUAGCCAUUUAUUAUUAUUACAUCCGGUGGUGGUGGUAGCGGUGGCGGCGGCGUAUCAAUGAAUCGUUGAUGGAGUGCGGAGCGCGGAGUGCGGACAGUCGUUGUCAGUGAUAGUAGUGCGUUACCAUUAUUAUGAAUGAAUCCAAGUGAAACGUAGUAAAUUGAGUUUGUUGUGGGGGCACCGUGUUCGUGGGUCUGUGUAUGGUGAAGGUAUACUGUGGUUUUUUUCCUCCGUUUACCCUUUCCCGCCCAAUCAACGUCGUGUAACUGUCAGAACCAGCGGCGCCGACGACGGCUGCGGCUCAUUCAAUCAACUGUCGUGUCAUGUCGUCCCUAUCGUUGCCAAGGGUGUUGCAAAACCGAAAGACUAGUCUGGACCAGGAACGUGAGCACUUUGAAAAGAUUCAGGCUGCAAGCAUUAGUAAAGCAAUCAAUACAUUGGAGAACCCAGUAAAAGAAAAACAUGCUAGAAAUGCCAUUAUAGGUACAUUUCAAGAGAAAAGUGCAGAGACUUUUUGGCGUUGUGUCACUAAAUUACCAUUACAAGAACACCGUAUUGUGGCCUGGAAAUUUUGCCACGUGUUACAUAAAGUUUUGCGGGAAGGCCAUCCAAAUGUUGUAGCGUCAUCACAAAGACACAAAACACUUUUACAGGACUUAGGAAAAUUAUGGGUUCAUUUAAAAGAUGGUUAUGGAAAGCUCAUUCAACAGUAUUGUCAAUUACUACUUACAAAAUUAGAUUUUCAUAGACGAAACCCUGGAUUCCCCGGCAAUCUAGUUUUAUCCGAAGAAGAUCUUUGUAGAAUUGGAGACAAUGACGUAAAUAAUUAUUUUCAAAUGUGUGUGGAAAUGUUUGAUUAUAUUGAUGAAAUUCUAGGACUUCAGUCUGCAAUUUUUGGUUCAUUGGAUAUGUCUCGCUCAAAUUCAAUGACUAGCCAUGGCCAGUGUCGAUUGGCUCCUUUAUUGCCUUGCAUAUUAGAUUCUGCACAGUUGUAUGAUCUAUGUGUGAAAAUCCUGUUUAAAAUGCAUGCUACGCUACCACCUGAUCUAUUAUCUGGCCAUAGAAAACGUUUCCUAAGACAAUUUACCAUACUACGUCAAUUUUAUUUGGGGUCAUCUAAUCUUCAGUAUUUUAAAACACUAAUACAGAUACCUCUUUUACCUGAGAACCCUCCAAAUUUUUUGGUACAAGCGGAAUUAUCUACCUAUGUUACUCAAGCUGCCAUUGUAUUACCAGAUGAAGAUCCGUCAGAGAGUAAUAGUAUGAUUGGUGAACUUGUUGAUCUGGGAAUUGGUAAUAGCGUCACUAGCAGUGAAACAAGUCAAAGAUCUUUGUCUCCUGAUAUUUUAACCCAAAGGGACAACAUGAUUCAGCAUUUACACGGAGAAUUGAACGCUCAUCAAUCAUUAAUAAUUCAAUUAAAACAACAAGUUUCUACAUUAGAAAUGGAAUUGGCAAAAAAAGACAGUGAGUUAACACAAGAAAGGCUUAUCAGAGAUGAUUUACUACACCAAGUAAAUUCUAUGGACAAUUUUGAUGAAUUGGAUAAAAAAUAUAAAUUGCUUGAAGAAAAGUUUAACAAAUUGAAAGAAGUGUAUACAAAAUUGAGAGAAGAACAUAUUACAUUGUUAAGACAGAAAGCUGUCGUCGAUAAGUCACUGAAAGGAUCUGAAAAAAUGACUAGAUUUGCUCAGGCUGCCAAUUCCUUGUUACUGUCCAUUAAAUCUGACGUAGACAAGCAGUUGUCCAACAUGCGUACUGUUGAAGUUAAUAUGGGACCUCAAAGAAUAAAGUUUGAAGAGGAAUUAAUAGCACUCCAAACUACUGUGGAUUCAACCACUCGUCAAAAUGAUGAACUUCUGAUGGCAACUGAAGUAUUGAAGACUGAAGUUAGUGAAGCAAAGCAAAAAUUGACUGAUGCCGUACUUAUAAAAUCUGAUUUAGAAUUAAGACUUUCAGAAUCUGAGGAAUUACGAUUUUCAAAUAAUGCUCUUUGGUUUGAAUGCUGUCGUAAAAUAAUUGAACAUACAUGUGCAAUUAUAGAUGAUCCUUCUAUGUCUUCAGCUACUUGUUCGCCUGAAUGUGUAUCUCUAAUCAAAGAAAAACUUGUUAGUACCAUUGAAAAAGGAAAAGACGAGGUUGCAGGGUUUGCCCAUUAUGUUGCCAUGUACAUUAUUUUUGGAAAAGCUGUAUCAAACACAAAAUCUGACCUGAAUGAUGCUCAAAAGCUGUUAGAUAAAUGCAAACAAGUAGGAAAAGACAGUGUAAAACUCUUAACAGCUUGGCAGACGGGUAUCAAAAUUGAUGAAUGUUGUAAGGGUCUUAACAAUACAUUGAAUGAUGUAGAAUCUAUGGCGUCUUCAACACAAGCAAAUGAAUCUUUGGGUGAUUUGGUUGAAGAUGAGCUUAGUAUAAUGGAUAGAGCAAUUGAAGAAGCAGCUAAACGCAUUCAAGAAAUGAUCACCGAAUCUAGAGCCGCACAUUCUGGAAUUAAAUUGGAAGUUAAUGAACAAAUUUUGGAAUCAUGUACUUCUCUUAUGGCUGCAAUCAGAGUCUUGGUGCACAAAUCACGCAAACUUCAAGCUGAAAUUGUAGCUAAUCAAGGUUCUAAUGGGUCAGCUAAAGAAUUUUAUAAACGUAACCAUCAGUGGACUGAAGGACUUAUUUCUGCAGCCAAAUCUAUUGGUUUAGGUGCUAAAGGGUUGCUAGAUGCGGCAAAUGAGGCUGUAAGUGGCGAAGGAAAAUUAGAAAGAUUAAUAGUUGCUUCUCAUUGUGUGGCUGCUGGAACAGCACAACUUGUAGUUGCCAGCCGUGUAAAAGCUUCACGAAACAGCGAUAAUUUGGCUGAAUUAUCACAAGCUUCACGUAAUGUUACAAAUGCUACUGCUACGGUGGUAGCCACUGCCAAAUCUUGUGCCCAAUUAGUUCAACAAACAGAAGAACUAGACUUAGGUGUCCUGAAUGAACAUCAAACAAAACGUUUAGAAAUUGAGUGCCAAGUCCGUGUGUUAGAAUUAGAGUCAUCAUUAGAAAAAGAAAGAAUGAAGUUAUCUUCAUUGCGUAAAUUACAUUACCAAGACGAUCAAAGUUAGCGAACAAAACAAACAUUUUCUCUUACCUAUAAUAUUAGUCUUUUGUAUCAGAUUGAAUCUGCUUCCAAAUAAUUUUUUUUCUAAUAAUUUGACUGUCAAGUUGAUAAUUUUCUACUGCUCAACCUACUACUAUUAGACAAAUUACAUGUUAAAUUUCUUCUUAUUCCAUUUUAAGCUUAUUAAAUUAUUGAUAUUUUUUUAACAUUUUAUUUCUAAUCAUGAAAACGGGUUUUAGUAACCUAACUGUAUGGCUGUUAAAUAAUACUAUAUAGUACCAGUUUCAGAGAUCUCUUUACUCGUGUUUAUAAAGUUGUUCUUUAAUAUUAUGAAAUUGCCAGUCAUACAUUGAAUGUAUAGGACUUUUGUACAAUAACUAUAAUAUUAUUUAUUAAUAAUUAUUCAGAUUCCAUUUUUAUUUUACUUUCUUACUGUUUAUUGAGCACGCUUGAAAUAAUUACUUUCUAUUUUUUUAAAUGUUAUUUCACUUGUUGACGUUUAUAUUAAAAAGUUAUGUAGUUUGUAUCUUAAUGUUUUUUACUAACAAUGUAUUAAACAAAUAAUCUAAUAUUUAUUGUUAAAAUAAUGGAUAUUAUGUUUAUUAUAAUUAUAUCGUACACAUCGUGUAAAAUAAGAAUGUACCUGGGCGGCGUACCAAGAUAGGUUUGCUAUGCACAGGUCUGGCGUAUGACUAUAAUAUCUUUAGGCUUGUAAAUCUGACAAGGUUGCGGGUGGGAAACCAAUCGCCACUGG